AUGCUGCAUCAGUGUAUCCAAGUAACGCUCGCUGUUCUUGUUGUCGCCCUCGUCUCCACGACCUUGACUUCAGCAGCCAACACUAAAGCACUUCUGGGCCGUGACGAAGUCACAGAAUGCGACACCAUUGCCAGGGUUUCCCACAUGUGCUACCUGUGCAGUAAAAGACACGAGGAUGAAUUUAACACAAUUUACCUUCCUUGUUGCACCGGAGACCCAGCCAUUCGAGAAUACUGCGCCUUCAUCUACACAGAGCCACCCAAGCGUGGCGGACUGUGGAUCUAA